AUGUUCGAAGAUGUCACGUUCCCGUACAUAUACAAGGAGGGUAAAAUCAAAAAACUAGAGCGUCUAGAGUUGAAGCACGUCGAACAGAGAUGGUACUACCAGCUCUGUCACUCGAAAACGUUAACUCCCAAACAACGAAAAGUCCUCCAGUCACCAGCAAAUAAGAACCGGAUUCUAAGAUUGAUACGGAAGGAUAUCCAAGAGAAGCCGAAGCCUGAGGAGACGUACGAAAUAUGGCACGAUCAUCGUAAUCUCAACACCAAUUUGAGGCACACGAAACCAGAAAAGGAAGGAGAAAUAUUGGCCAAAAAGAUCGUGGAAGCGCUUGAUGAGGACGAAGGCGAUGACGAUGGCGAGCCCUACGAGUAUUUCGAGGCCCUGGAGACCUGGAAGUCGUAUAAUGAGACGUUUGACCCGUCUGCAAGCUGGGUCAAGCAUCACUUCCAAGUGAGGGCCCAGGGUCUCGAAACUAAACCUGUGCAGAACUACGAGCCCUCGUACUAUUACCCACGCUACCACGUCAACAAUCUUAAGACGCUAUUACACCUCAGCGUUCUCAGGCGCCACUGGGACCUUGCAUACAAGAUCUUUUGCAUCUUGAUCAGAAUACGGAUGGUCGAUUUGCGGUCCAUCUGGCCGUUAGGAGUGGAGAUUGUCAGGCAGAGGCAGGCAUUGGACCCAGCCAAGUCCUCGGUCUAUAAGGACGAGAAGUUUUUCGACUGGCUUUCGUCGUUUUAUGUGAUUACCAACCUCAAUGCCGCGUUCAACAAGGGCCAUGCCAGACAGUUGGCUGCUCCCAUGUGGAGAUCCGGGUCCAAGAUGCGAGCUCCUGUCUACUCAGUCAGCGCACUAUGGUCGUUGCUCAUGAGAGGCGACCACAGCAAGCUCAGAGAUAAACUUGAAGAGCUUCUUUUGGUGCCCCCGUACAAUCACGAAGGUGUGUGCUACUUUCUCAUGGGACUCUGUAACCUUAUGGAGAGCGUAGAGCUUGUGGAAGGGUACGGGGACCAGGAAAGAGCAGGUGUGGUCAAGAACUUGAAGGCAUUGCAGUCAAACUGGGAGAGGUGUGAGGAAUUGGGAUUUAGUUUUCCCAAGAAGUACCUUCAACAGCAGGUGAACCAAGUGCUAGAGAUGGCAGGAAGCACAGAGGAGAUCUACUUGGGCAAUCUGGGGGUAGACCUGGACUUGCACGUAGACGUACAGGAGAACGAUGACAACAGUGACGACGACGACAUGAGGUUUACCACGGCCUCUCCUCCAGAAUUUAUAGAUGGAGGCUACGAAUCUGCGGCACCAGACGAAGUCCCUGGGUCGCCAGUAACGUUCAACUCUCCUGAAGCCCCAGGUAGUGGUGAUGGAGACGCUCUGACUAAUACCGUGGACGGCGGUUUGGACCUUGAUUUUGAUUUCGACUGAGUCGAAAUACAACUGGAAUAAAGUUAAACAGAACCAAAUCCUACUAAUCUUGAGCAACAGCCUAAAAAAUGGGCAGGACAAUCAAAGGAGAUCAAAGAUAUCGACCGAAGUAUAACGACUAGACAUGAAAAUUAAAGUCGAUCGCAAUAGAACUGAUAAAUUAAACCAGUCAGGACUACUACCAAUAGUCAAUUAUUAUAGAUAACGAAUGUUUCCGUUAAUCGUACCGGAGGCCAAGUCAUAAAAUAAAUAGAAACAGGCACUGCAGUGACCAAAAAUGUUCCAGCCGGUGAGCUAAGAUAGACGUAUCUAAACUCGGACAAUUAUUAAUUGGUCCCG